GGUGAUCAAUGUCAAACAGACAUUUCUAUGACAGCAGUGAGGCUGAGUUCAGAAACUGAGACAACCAGACAGUAGGGAAGGCAAAGAUCCCUGCGCUCACCGAGUGUGUGCAGUGACAGAUACGAGCAGAACAAACAAGGAUGGAGAAACUUGUUCUGUUCAUCGCCGCUGCAUCAGGGCUGUGGGCCGUGUGCUUAAAUCCUGAACGUCAGUACCAUUUUGUUUAUGAGCAGAAGAACUGGACUGAAGCACUGCAGCACUGCAGACUGUAUUACACAGACCUGGCCACCAUAGAAAACAUGGAGGAUGUGAAGACCCUGAAUGACAUGGUGGACUUGAACAAAUUUGAUAAAUCUGCCGACAGCUAUCGAGCCUGGAUCGGGUUGUACAAUGACGUGAGCAGCUGGAGGUGGUCGAGGUCGGACAGAAGUGAUGAGGCUGAGUUCAGAAACUGGAAGCCUGGACAACCGGACAAUAAAGGGGGACACGAACUUUGUGCAGAGAUUUUUGUCAGUGGAGAAUGGAAUGAUAAACCCUGUGACAAAACCCUCAGUGCAAUCUGCUCUGAUGUCAGAGGGCAAAAUGAGACAUUUGUGUUCAUCAACAAAACGAUGACAUGGGCUCAGGCUCAGAGCUACUGCAGGGCUCAUCACACAGACCUGGCCAGUGCGAGAAACGUGUCAGAGAAUCGGAGGGUAAAGGAGUUGGUGCCUGCUGAAGAUCGAUCUGCCUGGAUCGGCCUUUUCAGAGAUUCCUGGAAGUGGACUGAUGGAAGGACCUCCACAUUUAGAUACUGGAAAACAAAAGAACCAAAUAACCAAUACUGGAGAGAGAACUGUGUGGCAGCAUACUUUAAACAUUCUGGAAACUGGGAGGACUGGAACUGUGACUGGAAGAAGCCAUUUGUCUGCUACAGUGAUCCUGUUUACAAGCAAGCGGUGAGAAUCAGGCUGGAGAAAAACGCUCAUCUGGAUCUGAAUCGUGCUGCUGUGAUGGACGACAUGCUGAAGCUGGUUAAACAGCAGCUCCAGGCCCACGGGGUUAGAGGGGACAUCACCCUGAGCUGGAUGAAGCAGUCAGAUGGAAAUGUUUUUCACAGCGACACAAAGAAAACAAAGAAGAUAAAAAACCCUUAAGCAAAGAUAAAAGCUUUGAGUGUUGCAUUAUUUAUCUGAAAAGAUUUGUUUCGUGUCCAUUCUUCAUGUUUUUGUUGUUUUCCAAUCAGCGUCACUGCGUCAGCUAAUUAAGUAACACGUCUGUAGUGCAUAAGUAAAGGGAGACCGAUCGUUUUUCUAACUUAAGUUCAUCUUCAGAAGCAAACUCCAAGGUGUUUUAGACACCCACACUGCAUUUCUGACAUCCCCAAUGACUUAAAUAAGUUCCUUUACUUCUUAGAUAAUAAAGACAUGUCAUGGU